CCUCACAUCCCUUGCCAUAUUUUCAUCUCCCUCUCCAUAUACCCUCUUUGUCUCACUUAAAACUCAAAUGGAAAAUUGCAGAAGAACUCCAUUUAAGCCAUGGAAGAAAGGUUCCACAAGGGGUAAAGGUGGACCUCAAAAUGCUUCUUGUGAGUACCGCGGAGUUCGACAAAGAACUUGGGGCAAAUGGGUUGCUGAAAUAAGAGAGCCAAAAAAACGAACUCGGCUCUGGUUAGGUUCAUUCUCUACCGCUGAAGAAGCUGCAAUGGCAUACGAUGAAGCUGCAAGAAGAUUAUAUGGUCCUGACGCUUAUCUAAAUUUACCGCAUCUUAAAUCAAAUAAUGUCAUUCCUUUCAACAAAUCUCAAAAGUACAAAUGGUUCCCUUCCAAGAACUUUAUUUCCAUGUUUCCAUCCUGCAAUUUGAUCAACUUAAACGCCCCGCACAACGUUCAUUUCAUCCAUCAAAGACUCCAAGAGCUUAAGAAAAACGAUACCCUUGCAAUAUCUUCUUCUUCAUCAUCAUCUUCAUCAUCUCAUGCCUCACAUUCAGAAUUUCAGCCAGUAGAAUAUGAUCAAUUACGCAACGAAAAUUUACUGAUUAAGGAAGACGAUUUAGAGUUUACGUCCCAAAAGAUGUCAAAGAGUUGUGAAGAGAAACCUGAGAUUGAUCUGAAGGAAUUUCUUCAACAACUUGGCAUACUAAAAGAAGAGAGUGGAUCAGAUGGAAAUGAUACGGUCCAAAGUUCUCCAAUCCCAGAAUUUUCAUUAGAAGAUAGGCUAGCAACUUCCGGUGACAAUUUUGAUUGGAAUUCAUUGGUUGAUUUGCAUGGGCUAGAUUAUAAUCAGAGAGCAGAAGAUAAUAGCUUUCAGGUUAAUGACAUGUAUGACGAGAUGGUAUUUCCAGCUAUAUGGGAAUUUUAGGUUCGGCAAAUUUUCGUGCGAGGAUCAGCUUAAAUUCUUAAUUAGCUUAGACAGAAAUUCCUGUUAGAAGUUAAGUCCACCUAAAACCCACUUAGGAAAAACAAGUAAGCAAUCAGUUUACAGAUCAGUGUUGGCAGAGAAAGUAGCAGUCAGUGUCAGUAGAUGAACCAAAAUUUCCAUGUAGCUCUUAGCGAGCUCUUAGAGUUUUUUAAGCCUUUUUUUUUAAGUUACGGUACUUUUUGUAAUGCUGAGGACUAAG